UGUUGUGGGUGGAGGGGCGGGGCUUCCAGCUGCUGCUGCUGCUUCGCUCAGAGUCGUCCGUAGUGCCCUGUGCAGGCCGGUGGCGGCUGCUGUGAUGGCAGGGGUCCGGGGAUAAAGUGUGUGGGAGGCCGGGGUCCACCCGUGGGAAUGUGGAAUAGCAUGUUUUUACCACGUUCAGCUCUAUUGGAGAAGUUCACCGUAGCCAUGACAUGCUUGUGCGGAGGGACGUGGAAAUGUCUCCUUCCCAUGGGAGGAACCCAGAUUUCUUCUUCAGGGUCCAUGAUCUCCAUAAUAACCUUGGGAUCCCGGAUUUCUAGAAAAACGAGCCGAUACCUUUAUGUAACUGGAUAAGUGUCUGGAUUGUUUUCUAUAAUAUUUGGCAAGAUGGACCAGUGUAAUCACAGCAUGGUGCUGCUUCAGCAGCUGAAUAUGCAGCGGGAGUUUGGGUUCCUCUGUGACUGUACAGUAGCCAUCGGGGAUGUGUAUUUUAAAGCACACAGAGCAGUGCUUGCCGCCUUUUCAAACUAUUUCAAGAUGAUCUUUAUUCAUCAGUCCAGCGAAUGCAUUAAGAUUCAGCCAACAGACAUCCAGCCAGACAUAUUCAGCUACCUUUUACAUGUCAUGUACACAGGGAAAAACCCCAAACAAAGUGUGGAUCAUUUCCGAUUGGAGGAAGGAAUUAAAUUUCUACAUGCUAAUCUCCUCCCGACACAUGCCCCUGAACCGACUCCUGCAUUACCGUCAGAAACCGUACAAUCCUCCAAUUUAUAUGGGAUUCAGAUCUCAACCGCCCAAAAAGCACCAAAGGAGACCAUCAGUCUGAGGAACAACCCACCAAGUGCAGCCAGGCCUCUUCCACAAGGAGAUCAUCCUCAAUUACAGUUGUCUCUCGCCAUUGGACUUGAGGGAGUAGGCUCAGAGCAGCGAAGCUCGCAUUUUCCAGGUCAGGUUGACUCCACAGUAAAAUCAUUAGAAGAUAUUCAGAAGACCACAAGAUCUAUAAAGCAGGAGACCUGUGAUCCUGAAAGAUCUCCACCCCAGUCCCUGCCACUUCCAGAAGAGCUGGAGUCCUCCUUCAAUAAAACAGGCAGCAGAGCAUACUCGUGCCACUAUUGUGGUGAACAUUUUGAAUCUCGUGGUACGUUGAGAGACCACUUGCAUAUCCAUGUGUCUCAGGCUCUUCCAUUUGGGGUCCCCACAUCCAUCCUAGAAAGUGAUGAUCUCGGUGAAGUCCGCCCUAUUCUUGAAAACCUAGAGAAUACAGAGAGCUGCCGGGUUGGGGGCUAUCUUCUAAACAGAACUGACGAGUCCCUUCAGAAUGCAACCCAGGCAGAACAGCUCCAGCUCAACCAACUAUCUUUUUUGGCGAAAGACACUGAUCCCAUUGAGUUAAAUUUUUCGUUUUUGCGGAAGAGAAAGUUCAGCUGUACGGUGUGCGGCCAUAGAUUUGUACGAAGGAGCCAGUUGCUGGAACACUUAUAUACACACAAAACAAAGCCCCACAAGCUAAACAGAUACCAAAGGUUCAGUAGUCCGGUGGAAAAGACUUCACAAAACUACUGUAACAGUAUGACUGAUAAUACCCAGAAGGAUCCCGAAACAGUAGUGGAAACACCAGAGUUUUUUGGAGAAAUCGAAUCCACAACUUCACAGGAAAAUGUGGAAUCUGUUCUACUCGAAUAAUAUAUAUUUAUAUGGGAUUUUAUAUUGUGCUAGUUUUUUUAUUAGAAAAUAUUCAUAAUUUUUUCGUUCUAAAUAUUAUUUGAAUGGAUUGCAGCUCUGUUUAUAUAUAUAUAUAUAUAUAUAUAUAUAUAUAUGUUUAGUCAUAAUUAUCUUUUACGAGUGUUAUUCACUAGUACUGUAUAUUGUUCAAGAAGUUAUGUGAUGUGUUUAUUGUCACAGGCUUACUUUUACUAAUGUGUUUGUGAUUUUGCAUACAGUUUGCAUAGUUUCCAUAAAUAAAAUAAAUGUUGGCAAUAUUUAA